GACGAAUUGUCCUUAGCCCUGUUGCCUCCCGAUCAUCCACUUCUGCAAAAGUUCCAACAGACUCUUAAGGAAUAUCUCCUUCGUACGCGGGAUAAGCUUAUCAAUGAAAUCGAAGAAAUCAAAUAUUCGGUCAAACAGAAGGAGCAGCAACGCGAAGAACAAGGAUCAACAUUAUACGAUAUGCAGGAGGAAAUAGAACGUCAAAACGAACAAUUGGAGGAGUUUACCCAACAGAUAGAGGAAAACGUCCAAAAACGUCACCAAGAGGAGGAGGCUGUGCGCCAUCUCAAAGAGGAGUUCGAUAGGAAGGCGCUAAUCACCAAGGAGCAGAAGACGCAGUACAACAAGCGGAUGUCUGAAUUGGAAAAUAUGCAAGAAUUGGAAAGAAAUAUCCGCAAGUGGGCCGAUGAUGUUGAGGACGAAGUAAAAAAUGCCAAACGCAUUGUUAGCCGAGAUGCCCAGCUGCAACAACAGUUGUCCGAGGAAAAGAAGAAAUCCGAUCUGCUCUUCUACCAUUUGGACGUCGAAGUGCGAAAGAGCGAAAAAGAAUUGGAAAUUGUGACAAAUGAAGUCAAAGACAUGGAAGAAGUUAUGAAUGUGCUCAAUAUGAGUGUGGCCAAUGCCAAUGCUGACCUGGAAGCACUGGAAACCGAACACAAACGUCUAACGCAGGCUUGGUCGGAAGUUAUUGUUGCAAUAUCCCUUAGAGAUCGUAUACUCUAUCAGGUGCAGGAGGCUAUUAACAAAGAAAAGGAAGCUAUCAAAUUAAAUACUGCCGGUAUUCAGGCUAUCAAAAAGCAAAUACGAAAAGAAUUGGAACUUAAUGAUAAAUUGGAAACAUUUAAGAAACGAUUGUCCGACGAUUAUACGCUACUGCGAGGAGAAUGCAAAACGCAGUCUGAUAUUUUAAACGGCCUAGAAGAAAAACUCAUUGAAAUACCAAUUCUUCUCGAACAAACCGAAAAGGAUCUAAAAGAAGCCAAGAUCGAAGGUGCAAAUUUAGACACGGAAAUACGUCGAAUACAAUUGAAAAUUGACAAGCUCAACAACCAAAAGUAUCUGACCGAAGAGAAUAUUCUAAAAUUGGCACAGGAACAAUUGAUAACCGACAAGGCCAGUGAAUAUCGUCUAAAGCUACUGAAUAACUCACAAGAAGAACGGCGUAUCAUGGAACUGAAUUUGGCUCAGGCCCAAAGCCAACUGGCGGAAACGCUUCUAGAAAUGGAACGUUACAAAGCAAAUAAUUUCCGAACCAGCCAAGAGAAUGAGAAGCUCAACGAAAAACUCGUUGCAUUGGAGCAUAAAGCCGAUUGCAUGACCGUGGAAUUGAAACAAUUGGAGACCCAGAUUGAAGUCAAAAUGAAACGCAUGGAUAAGUUAAACAAUCAAUUGGAUGAACUGCUUCGUUCCAAUGAGGGACAAGAAAUAAGUCCAACUGAAAUGAAGAUAAAACAAAGGGAAAAAUCAAUACAAACUUUGGAUCAGCAAAUCAGGGACUAUCAACAAUUUUGGAUAAUGUUGCAGAAUCAUUUUGUAAAUCUCACUCAAAAAAGGAAUGUCCAAAUGAAUCAGAUUCAAAUCACCAGAAAGCAACUGUCGAUUAUUAAGCAAAAAUCCUUAAAAUUGGACCAAGAUUUGGAGAAAACAGAAAUCAAUACCCGAGAACUUUCCAGGGAAAUACAAAUCUAUCAAUCGAAAUUGGAAUUGUUGAAUGCCAAGGUUGCCCAGAAGCGUCAGAAACACGAAACGGUAGAAAACGAAUGUGAACAGGAGCACGGCGAACUUGUGGACAAACUGAAGGAUCAGGAAUUUAGUGUUUUACAACUUGAGGAUGACAUCAAUGAACUGCAAAAUGAAAUCGAACACUACAAAGAUUUGGUCCUAGACAAGCACCGGGAAUCGCUGUCAUGGGAAACCAAAUAUAAGCUCAUUGAAGAAACCCUGCGUUGGCGAAAGGAAGAGGCAGCCCUGGACAGUGAGUUGGGAACAAUGCGAACGGAAAUUCAUCGCAUGCAAAUCCGACACCAACAGCUGAAGAGAGCCCAAGAGAAACUGAUUCAAGACCUCGAUCACUGUGUCAUGCAUCGGGAGCAUAUAUCGGCAACAGCAUGGAACAAACAGACCCUAGAACAGACAAAGCCCUCCAAGGUUCGCCAAAACACAACCACGAUUCAGUAUAAAAUCAACGAUUUGCGUAAUAAACUAAAACAAAUGCAAGCGGAAAUAAGCCAUCUUUCCGAUCAGCAAAUAGGACAACUCAAAAACAAUUACCAAUGUCUCGAGGAUGAAAUCAAACGACUGAGAGCUCAAAUCGAACAAGCAACCGACGAAAAUAAUAAAUUAAAAAAUGAUAUUGAAGUUGGCCUCUUACAUAAACAUCAGAACCUGGAAAAUAUUGUGCGCAAACAAAAUCGGGCCAAAUCGUAUCGCCGUCUAAAUGGUUCGACACAACCCUUUAAAUUGCCACGCUCCGAGGCAACAAUUCUCAGUCAAAUGCAAAAACAAAUUGAAAUGAAUGAUCACUUGAUAGAGACUAUCCAGGUGCUCAGUACCGAUCAUCCAGAAAAGCAAAACUAUUUUUCGAAACUUUUACAAAUUUUGAAAACCUAA